AGAAUAUAGUCGUGAAUCCGUUAUUCAUCGAGCAUUUAAAUUUUCUAGGUGUCACAGUCGAUGUUCAGAUCGAACUCCUCUCGAACUUUCACGGAAACUCCGGAAUCGCGUUGUCGAUGUACCUCCAAACAAGAGAUCAGCAUAUGUUGUUACACAGUUCGACACCCUGGCGCCUGCGGACAGAUCGUGCGAUGGGGAGACGAACAAGAGUGUAAUGCACGUCAGGGAGAUAUCCACUGCAUGGAUAUAUACCGUGUCUGUGGUUUAUCGCGUGUCUGUUCCAGUGGAGACGCGCAGACAUUGGAAAAUAUAUAAGAUCGAGACAAGAGGCUCGACAAUGGCCUUAAUGCGACUGAAUGAUGAUACGUAACAAACCUUAUUCAACAAAAAGUUUCGGCCGGCAAAUUGAAUCCAGAGGGCUUGGACUCUCUUCUUCCUUCUCGUUCCUUCGCAUUCUCGUCUCACCCCGAAAGGAGGUGUGGAAUAAGAUCACGGCGCGACCCGUUGAUCGUGUGCGUACUGCGAGGGCGAGUGGCAAUGGGUGCGAGUGAGAAGCAACGAGGAGGGAGAGAGAGGCGCAUUCUUUCGGAUGGUUCGGGCGAAGCACAGUGGUGGGGAUGGAAGGGCGGUCUGCGCACGCGCGGCUCGCGACGGAACAGCUUCGCGCGGCGACGCUCAGUCUCGUCUGUCGCAAUCCAGUGCAGAUAUACGUGCAAUUACCCUGUCAACAGUGCUUAAAAUCUCUUCUAGUGCUUGUGGCGUUGCUCUACACUUGGUGAUCGAUAACGUUCGUCGACCAAUACGGCAUCGAUCGUCUUAAUAGUUCGCGCGUUACGGUUCGAAGAAGUGAAGAUCGCGUGUCGCGGCCACGUGAAGGAAAAAUUAAGCGAGUCCUUCGUCUCGCGGUUCGCGAUUCGAAUCGCCGCUGUCGCCACCACCGCAUCGUCUAACGGUUUCGCGGAUCAGUCGGUAUCCACGCUGCGCAUAGUGAGUUUGACGUUUCAUACGGGGACAACGUGUAGUGACGUUUGGUUCGGGAAAGAGUGGCGUUCAUCGUGCACCAUGACUAUUUCGUGAGACCGGUGAAAGUCAGUUAUCAUCGAUGCAUUGUCAAAGAUUUCAAUGCCCUCCGUGUUUUCGUAAAUAGCGCGAAAAGUAUCGCGUGUGGUGUGCUAUUGUGUGAACGAAAGACCAGUGAUCGAGAGGAAGAACGACGUUAUUCACGGAUUCGAGAUGACUCGCCACCUGUGGCUAAGAGCAGUUUUCGCUUUCUUCAUGAUAUCAGGUGCGAGCUGCCUGCGGAAUGUCAGCCUAGAAGUAGUUCCGGAGAUAGCGGAACGUGGUCAGAAGGUGAUUCUCCGCUGCCAUUACAAUCUCGAGGAGGCGCCCCUUUACUCCCUCAAGUGGUACCGCGGCAGGUACGAGUUCUACCGUUACACACCGAGCGAGGAGCCGUCGACCAAGAUCUUCAAUGUUACCGGGAUUUACGUUGACGAGGAGAACUCGAACAAGAGCCAGGUAACCCUGCGCGACGUCAACUUCGCCCUCUCGGGUAAAUUCAGUUGCGAAGUUACGGCGGACGCGCCGACCUUCUCCACGGCCAGCGGCUCGAAGAAUCUUACAGUAGUGUCUCUGCCCAAAGUGAAGCCUGUUAUCGUAUCGGAACGUGAACGUUACGACGCCGGAGACACUUUGAAGGCAAAUUGUAGCUUACCACCCUCGAAGCCACCGGCUCAUCUCUCAUUCACCCUGAACAACGUGGCGGUCGAAUCGCAGACGAGACACCAGCCGCAGUCGCAACAGAGGUGGGAUCGUAACGAUGCCCACUCAGAUCAGGAGGAUCUUCAGUGGAUCGAGAUCAGGAUGAAUCUUCAACCGUUCCAUUUCUCGAACGGCCAGCUGAAUUUACAAUGCAACGCCCAAAUUCCGGGCGUGUAUUCGAAGAUGAGCGAGAUCCAUUUAGGCGGUGGCCUGCGUGAACCUGUUCCGGAGAGAGGUAAUACGAGUUUUAUCGCUAUGAUUUCGAUACGAUGCGAUGGAGUGAUGGUGAAUGUGCUGACGCGUCGAAAUAUCGAUGGCUUUUUUUUUUUUUUUCUUUUUUUUAGAUUCAAUCGAGCGCGAUGUUGAAAUGAAUAAGGAUUGUUGUAAAAGUUGUAAAAUCUGAUGAUUUUUUUAGUGGAAUUGGAGAGGUCGUGUCGAUGUUUUAGAGGAUAUUCGGUGUUAGGUUGUUAAAACUUUUAUUUUAA